GAGCCGCGCGAGUCCCGCAGCUCCGAGAAGCCGCGAGAGCAGGGAGCGCUUGACGCGGGGGUCAGAGCGUGUGAGAGUUGCGGGCCCGGCGGAGCAGGCAGCACCAGAGGCAACCCCAUCACCCCGCAAGGACCCCCCCUGGGGUCCUCACCCGAGGCCCAUUUGCUGGCAGUGGCGCAGCAGCCCCCCUCCGCUUCGUGUCAUUCCGGGGAGCUGAGGGGAAGGAGCGGGACAAGACACCGGGCCGAGCCUGCCUUCCGAAAUGUCGACCAAGAAUUUCCGCGUCAGCGACGGCGACUGGAUCUGCCCGGACAAAAAGUGAGCGGAGGAGGAGGAGGCAGCGAAGGGAGAAAGGCCGGGCGGGCGAAGGAGAGGCCUGGGGCGGGACGCGGGUAGCAGUGAGGCCUCGGCCCCCGUGGUGUCGUGGGGGCCGGGGAAGCGAAUGCGCGGGCGGGCGGAGGGAGCGCGCUUUUCUCUCCCACACACACACGCCGCUUUCCUGGGGAACGGAGAGGUAGGCCGCUGCUGCUGCUGCUGGGCCCGCUUUCCCUCAGCCCCUUGAAUGGUCCUUUUGUCCAGCGGCGAGGCGGGGAGAGGGAUGGAUGGAGAAACGCGCGUCUUCGCUUUGCCCGUUGUUGCCGUUGCCGCCGGUCGUCCUCCUGAGCUGCUUCGUUUCCCCCUGCAGAAUAUUCCUGCCUGCGGGUGAAAACCCGGGAGUGGGGAGUUUCCGGCCGUUCAUUUGUUUGUUUAUUGAGUUUGUAUCCCACCUUUCUUCUAACGUUCGGCCUCAUUGCAAGGGCCAGGGUUGUAGUGAGUGAGAGCACACGCUCCAACAUUAUUAUUAUUAUUAUUAAUACCCCGCCCAUCUGGCUGGGUUUCCCCAGUCACUCUGGGCAGCUCCCAACAGAACAUUAAUAAUAAUUAUAAGAAUAAAGUGAUAAAACAUUUAUCCCAUGAAAAUAGGGACAGCCCAAUUCCAUAAUGAUCAUUUUUGAUAUUUAUACCCCGCACAUCUGACUGGGUUGCCCUAGCCACUCUGGGCGGCUUUGAACAUAUAUAAAAACAUAAUGAAACAUUAAACUUUUUUUAAAAAAAGAACACUUCCCUAUACAGGAUUGCCUUCAGGCAGCUCAGGAGUCAGAAAACUGCAUGCUCUUCAACAUUUCUCCAAUGCUAAUAGGACAUCCCUAAGGAAAUGUAGGACAUUCUGGGAUCAAAUCAGAAACUGGGACAGCUUCUCUAAAUCAGGGAUGCCCCUGGAAAAUAGGGACACUUGGAGGGUCUGCAGUGAAAAUAGAGACAUCCCCUCCAACAUUUUUCCACUGAAAAUAGAUGUCCUAUGGAAAAGUGGAACAUUCCAGGAUCAAGUCAGAAAUCUGGGACUGUCCCUGGAAAAUAGGGACACUUGGAGGAUCUGUGAGAGGGAGAUAGACUUUGAAAUUUUCUCCACGCAAUGUGUAAUUCUGUACAUCUUUUAUCACAUGCCCCCUUUUGCUUACUCAUCUCUUUUUUCUUUUUCUUUUGCACUGCCAUUCUGGCAAAGCAAGUUCAGCUGAGUUCAGUGGGGUUUAGGCUCAGUGUGCGGAGUUGCUGCCUCGUAGUGGACGCUUUUCUGUUCGAAAUGUGCUGCAUUGCCUUUUGAAGCAAAGCAGCUAUGUUUGCUAUGAGGGAUGCAUGGGAUGUUCUGUGGAUGUUUUUUGACAAUUGUUUUUGGAAACCUAGCAGCCUUAAAUUGCCAUAGCACUAGAAAGUUAUGGGGUAACGACAAUCAUAAUGUCUGCAGAAAUGAAAGAUAAAUGUGCCAAUCUCUGUUGGAACAAGUUCAAAUUAUUACAUUUUCGAAUCUCAUGCUGGAACUAGCUAAAAUACCAUGUGGUAGUGAGCAAGCUAAGAACUUGAAAAGGCAUUGGUGGGAAACUGUAUUGUUCAGCUGUUUACACGUUUUUAUCACUCAUUGUAUGUGUUUCAGCUAGUAUUUUAAAAAGCCAGUGAAUUCUAAACACUUAGCAUAUACUGGUAUAAAACAUAUAAAAUUGAGUCAUUGGCUGUGCUUAUGCAUUGCUGAGCCAUGUUUUGUUUUAAACAUGGCUUGUUCAACAAACUACAGAUCACCUCACCAGUGAGGAAACAAGCUCCACCUUUUUCUUUUUGCUUGCUUUCAGCUGCUUUUGCUGGGUUCAGGUAUAAUGCCUAGCAUUUGUUAAAACAGCCCUGGUCCAUAAGCCAACAACAAAUCAGUUCUUUGGUUGUCCUUGAAUAUUUCCACCACACUUGCCAUCUUUUCCUGCCACACAAGUGUAGUGUUUUGAGAACCAUUGGACUACUGCAACCGACUACAACUCUUGUAAUCCUUUAAAUUUGGCAGUUUAGGCUGACGCUGAUUGCAGCUGGAGUCCAGCAACAUCUAAACAUCACAGGUUCCUUAUCACUGAGCUAAAACAUGCCAGCUAUAAAGCAUUUUUAAUAUAUACAAAGCUUCUGAAAGCCCUGUUGCCCAAGUGCCUUAUUUAGAAGAUGACCAUUAUCUUGCCAGAGGUAGUACAAACUCAAUUUCAGUAACGGUGUUACUACUGAAAUGUUUAGGUAUAAAGUCACACAGUUGUAAUGUUUCUAGUGAGUUAUUAACAUACUGUGUUGCAUACCUUUUGCAUGGGAGAAGAAUAUUCAAAAAGUUAAUGAGGUGCAAGCAACAUGAAUAUCUUAAGACUGACUCUAUAUUUGUGUUUAGAAAUUUAGUUUUAAAAUGUAGAGUGCAAUCCUAAGCAUACUAACUGGAAAAAAAUCCCAUUAAACUCUGUAGAACUUUAAAGUUAUUAUUUAGUAUCAUGUUUAGAAAAAAUGGCUCUUCAGUCAUGUUUCCUUUUUUUGAAGGUGUGGAAACGUUAACUUUGCUAGAAGAACCAGCUGCAACAGAUGUGGUCGAGGUAAUUACAAGUUAUGCUUCUUUUGAGAGGGAAAUUUAUUGCAGAAACUCCAAUUUAUAAUAAAUUGUCUGAAUCUUGUUAACCUUUCAGAAAAAACCACAGAGGCCAAGAUGAUGAAAGCUGGGGGAACUGAGAUAGGGAAGACACUUGCUGAAAAAAGCCGUGGUCUAUUCAGUGCUAAUGAUUGGCAGUGUAAAACGUAUGUUUAUCCUAAAGCUCUAGUUCAUUUCUAAUUUCUAUUAAACGUGUGCUUUUUCUCUUUUAAUAUCUAAUUGUCUAUUUUUAGCUGUCUGUUUUUCUUCCUUUUCUUUAUUAUCCGCAUGUAUUUCCUACUUUUUAUGCAAACCAAUCCUAUGUAUGUUUACUCAGAAGUAAGUCCCACUGUGCGCAUAGGAUUCCAGUGUUAUGCUUGUGCUACUGCCAUAUUAUUUACAACCACAUGCAUUAUAAAAAUAUUAAAACAUUAAAAAUUCAACUAUAAAUUCUUUAGUUGGCAGCACUAAAUAUUUUAAUUUCCUCUUCAUUCUUAAGCACUCUUUUUGCAAUUCAUAUUGGAAAAUAAAAUGGACCUAAAGGUUUUCAUAUAGCCUGAGAUAAAAGUGCAACCAUGUGAUGCCUAUUGAAAGUCAACUUUCUGAAUUUAUAAGCAUUUAUUUGUAUUAGUAAUUUAGUCUGAAUUAAGUGGCAUCAGUUGAUUGGCAUCUGUUUCUCUUCUCCUUUCCCUUAUUUCACUGACAUCAUAUGGGAACUGCAUAAUUGCACUACAAUUUGUAUGUGGUAGAAGAGUAUUUCCCCAAACUUCAUUUUGCUGACCCGCAAAAAGAAAUCAGUUUGGUUGCCUGCUGACUCGAAAUACAGGGUUUUGCUUGCUUUUUCUUAAUUGUACUUUGUUCAGAUGUCAUCCAAGUAGGAGAAUAGGUUUGUUGCGUAUGUUGUUGGAACUGUUUUCACUACACAAAAUAAGUCUUCACCAAUGUAUCUGCUGUAAAAGGAGAUCAUUGUUGUCAGUUCUGUAUUUUGAUUAAAAGUUGUUAAAAUAUCAGUGAUAUUCACUAUUGUAUACUUAAAGUAUCUUGGAAGUAAUAAAAUGACUCCUGUAGGUCUUAAAAAUGGGUUUUAAAAUUUCAGGUAUUGACUAGUUUAAUUUCUUAAUUUUUGAACCAAUGUAGUUCCUGUAUUUAAACUGCCAAUCAUAUGUUUUUCUUCCCAAAGAUGUGGCAACGUUAAUUGGGCCAGGAGAUCAGAAUGCAAUAUGUGCAACACACCAAAAUAUGCCAAACUUGAGGAAAGGACAGGUAUUUGUUUCAAAUUAUCUAAAAUAAUGUUUUUAGAGAUACAGCACAUGCAACCAUAUUCCCUCCUCCUUUGUGAGCAGCUUUUGUGAUAAAGCAAUGUUGAACUUUGGGAACUGUUGGCUUGGAACCAAAAGCAUUCCACACAUUGCUUGAUUUUGCUUUUGCUUUAGCAAUUUUCUCUGGGGUUGUGGCAAUUUAAAGUUAAGUUUCUGAGAGAUUUGGGUGUGUCCUGGAAAGAAAAUGAAAAUCUGCUGAAAGGGCACCAAAACAUCUCUGUAGACCAUAAUGGUGAAAUAAGAGAUCCCAGAACUUCUUCAAGAGUUACUGAGAUUUCCAGACAUCUUACUUCACAUGUUUAGAGAACGUAGGUGAAGAGACUUGGCCUUGUUCUCAGCCCCCUUGUGUUGCUAAUAACUAGACCCUUGAGAUCUUUGUGUUAAGCUGGUUUUGGUUCUGUAUACUACAUUAUAGCACUUGUCAAUAAGUUAGCUUAAUGUGCACACACACAACAAAAGGCCUUUGUCCCUCUGCCAUACAUAGCAAAUACCACCGCAACAUUGAUCUGCGUGUUUUGUCAAUCCCCUCUUCCCAGCUCCAUCAAUGCUUAGCACAUGCCCUUCCUCUGCCACCUCUCAGCACUAAGGAGUGCUCAGUAUGAGAGUUACCGCUCCUCUCUACCAUCCUUGCCUCUUGCAGACCAUGUGGAGUAGGAAGGUGCAAGUACUCUGCAGAACGUAAGUGCUUGAGCUUUGAAUACUGCCUCAAAUUGAGAGGUGCGAGAGAGGAGGAAGCUUCUUCCUAACUUCAAAGGAAAUGGGUGGCUGAAAUGACUGCCACAGAGAUGGACAAAGCAGCUGUGGAAGGCGGUCUCCAAGUUCCAAGUGCAGGAAGAAAGCAGAUGUCUUCAUGGUCCUGUGCUUCAUGGAAAAAUCCUCUCUCCACUACCUAGUCAGUUUUGCUCAAGCAUUUCUCAGUUCUUGGGAGUGCUCAGCAUGUGGGAAGCAACCAUCACUAUCUACUGAGUAGAGCACGUGCAUACGCAACUCUCUGAUCCAGUUGAUUUUGGCUAGAAGUGACAUGUACUUCCUGGUAGAGGCAGCAGCAGCAAUUACACUGAGCACAACUUAACACUGAGUGGUAUUAGACAAGCUUGGAAAAAUUGGCACUGAGACUAAGUGACCUCUCUACUCUCUGCUGUAGAAAGAAACAAUGUAUAAAGAAAAAAAAUAGUCUUCUGUGUUCUUAUCUGUGUCCUUAUGUUUGCUUUUUGACAUUUCUGAAACUUCUUUUUGCAGGAUAUGGUGGGGGCUUUAAUGAAAGAGAGAAUGUUGAAUACAUAGAACGUGAAGAGUCAGAUGGGGAAUAUGAUGAGGUAGGCAGUAUGUACCUGGUGAAUGUGUAUGUAAUUGUCAAGACUGAGUACAGGCAACCAAGGAGCGCAUAAAGCCAAAACUGCAUAGUCAAUGGCAGGUGGGAUUGCCAAAGUCUUUUUUCCCAGGCACUUGUCCCCUUUAUAAUUUUUCUCUUAAAAAUUGCCACGCGCAUAAAGCCGAAUGAGUGCAACUUAAAUGUGCAUAAGUUGUAAGUUACGUAUAUAGCGGUAAGCUUCGUCCAAGUACUUAAAAGUAGUUCUGUAGAUGUGGGUUGUGCAGGCAACCCCUGAUUUGCCUGGGGGUUGCGUUCCUGGCCCCUGCGUGUAUUGGGGUGCGUGUAAGCCCUCUCCACCCCCUUUUCUGGCUGCUUCUGGGUUGCUGCAGUGUGCUUAUGUAUGAUCCUGCAUUCAUUGAGCAACAGUACACUCUCUUAUGAAUACAAUGUGACCUCUUGCAGUUUGGUCGCAAAAAGAAAAAAUACAGAGGGAAGCCUGUUGGUCCUGCAUCUAUCCUAAAGGAAGUUGAAGAUAAGGAAUCUGAAGGAGAAGGAGAAGAAGAGGAGGAUGAGGAUGGAGAUCUGUCGAAGUAUAAGUUGGAUGAGGUAAAACCAUUCUUCUGUCUUGUUUCCUUUUUGGCUAAAUUCACACAGCUAAACCUUGAUUUGACUGCUGUUCAGAACUCAUAGACGGCUAAUGUGAGUGAACUAGCAAUUUGGGAAUUCAUCCAUUCUCUUGGUGCCUUCUCCCUGUGCUCACUGGCAAACAACAAACAAAGCAUGGUUUUCCUUGCCCCUCCAUAAAAAAAGAAGAAAAUACUGAAUCCAGUUUUGGAGUUGGCUAUAUUCCAAGACAGCCAUAAAAAUAAAUAUAUUGGCUAGGUGUUAAGUAUGACAGCAUGUGCAAAUUUUAAAAGUACUGCCUUUAUUGAGAAGGUUCCUUUUCGGUAUAGUUGCAAUGAACUCAUUGGGAUCAACAGUACCCCACAAGGUAAAGUAUAUAAAUGUAUGAGAACAGUGUGUGGGGUCUACCUGACCCUACAGUUUUUUAAACAUUUAAAAACAAGAUAUUGUGCCAUUAACAUGUAUGCAAUCAUAAUGGUUACAGAAGUCAGCAAAGCAAUAACCAUUAGUUGUACGUUAGCUGUAACAAUAACACAUAGAUUGCACUCAUAUACCUGUUAUUCAAGUCCCCUAUGGCAGCCACCACAUUUCACAACUGCAGGAGUAUGAAAGAAAUGGUUACAUGAAAGGUUGAGUACCUUUGAGAUGAUACCUGCACUUGUUCUUGGUGUGAGCAGUGGCAAGCCCUACCAGUUCUUAGACUGCCUUUCUCAACAUCUCAGGCAAGUUGGCUAUAAUUUAGAAGCAGGUUCCUACAGGAGGCGGCAGUUCUUCACAUAACCAGGUACUAACCUGUAUGCCAAAUUGGCAUAGGAUAAUGUAUGCUACAGGAAAAGGAAGCAGUGCCAGAUGUGACCCCCUCGUAUUGAAUUAGUAAAGACAGCAUAUUAGGGUUAUGCAUGUGUCACAUAUGCACAAAUGUGUGUGGACGCAUGCACAGUAGCCAGCUGAAAUACCCAGUUUUGACAACAGGCAAAUACAGAUGAAUAUAUGAGAAAUGCUUGUUCUUAUAAAAUUAAUUUUUCCCUCAAGAGAAAUUUUAUUGCAACUUGACCAUGUAUGUUUCAUUUUUUUAACGACAUUUUUCAUCCUCAAAUGAACUAGGAGCAACACACAUUCAGUUAUUUCACUUCAUUUUCACACCUCUGUGACCUAAGUUAGGUUUCAGAGGCCACCUGGUCUUCGAGUUGCCAUAUUUCCAAAAAUGAAAAUCUAGACAAGAGUUGUUAGGCCUUUUUUUGUUUUAGCGUACUUGACUCUGUUUACACAUCGCCGUCCUCUCUACCCAAGUGCAGCCCCCUGUUCUUCUACUGCCGUUGUGGAGUAGCUGCACGUGGCAGGUGGAAGGCUGAAGGUGACAUUGUGUGCGCUCUCCUCCCAGCACCACGGGUAGACCGUGAAGUCACUGAAGCCCAGGCUGGUGAGGAUGGGCGGCGGGGCGGGGCCGUCGCUGCCUCCAUGGGGUGGCUUGACGGGUGGUCUUGAUGUCUCCCGGGUACAGGACAACGGGCGUAGAAGGGCCCGAUUUCUCGGGUAUCCUGCACCACGACUUGCGCUUCUGCACAGUGCAAUCCGCCGCCUUGCUGCCGUCGCUCUCAUUGCCCGGAGGAGACACCUCAGGUGUGUGUGGCAGGGAAGUAGCCAGAACUCUGCAGCUGCAGUUUCUUUCCACACACGGCUUGUCACCCAAAAGUGGUCGCAACCCUGACAGCUGAACAUUGUUGACAUUUUCCAAGUCCAAUUCCCGGACGUGUCAAGGUUUUCCCAGACAUAUGGCAGCCGUAGCUGGUCUGCUUCAUGACCAAGUAAGGAUUCCACCCAGGUUUCCCUGGACUCAGGCUGAAGUUUAUUUUAUUUAUUUUAUAAAUAAAGGUAAGUAUGUAGCAAGUUGUUUAACUGCACCGUAUUACAUUGUUUUGAGGCAGGACAAAGAUAACAGAUACCAUAUAAAUGAAAUAGUUUUCCGAAUGCUUUGUUUCUAACAAAAAUAACUUGUUGGGGUUUUUUUCAGGAUGAAGAUGAAGAAGAUGCAGAUCUCUCAAAAUAUAAUCUUGAUGCUAGUGAGGAAGAAGAUUCCACCAAGAAGAAAUCUACAACUAGGCGCAGCCGUUCCAAGUCUCGAUCUUCUCGUUCACGAUCUUCAUCUCGCUCAUCCUCCCACUCAAGCUCAAGGUCUAGGUCCAGGUAAACGGGUACAGGUCAAGGGUAACGCCAGACAAAAUGUCAGUAUCUAACUUUCUUUAUUUACAUCUCUUUUGUGAUUGAUUUUUUUACUUUUUAUUUUUCACGGUUUGAGUUAAGCUAAUAAAUCUUAGAUAGCUAGCCUGCACAGGUAGUCUGUGCUUAAACUGAGAAAAUUGCAGGUGCUCACUAUAAAUAUCAGGGUACAUGUUAGUGUAAUAGUGUAAGUGAACAUUUUCUUACUGACUCAAGUAAACUGUAGCUUAUAAUUUUAAUUUUAUAUCUCUAAACAAACAGGGUUUCUCUGUCACUCUUGCUGGUUAGGUUUGUGAUGGCACCAAAUAUUUGAUCCCAGUUUUUUGCUUCAUCAUAAGUACUCUUAUAUGCUACAUUUCCAUGGUGUAUCAGUUGCAGGAAAUGCUCUAUGAACCCUGGCAAAUAUAACCAUUCUUUGGUGACUUACAGCCUGGAUAAUCCAGUUAACAAUGGUUAUUUCCCCCCAGCAUUCUGUAUUCUCUGUGUUGGAGAUCACCUUAUGUAGCCACCGUCCUGUAUAUAGAAUGAUACUAUUGAGAGACAAAAAUUCUACAUAAUUAUUGCAGAACAUCGAAUAAAUAAAAAUAUUUAAUUUGUCAGUUUGCUGGUUGAAACUUUGGAGAAAUGUAGUUUGGUACAUAAUUUUUGAAGUUAUUGACACUCAUAUGCCUUUUGGGUGCUAGUUAAACCACAAAUGCAAUUUCAAUGUCAAAUGUGUUUCCUAGUGGUUAUGUUCUUUGAGAAUAAACUCCUGGCAGGCAAUAAAAAUGUUUCCCAAGUGGAAUUGAAAUUUUGAGACAAACUUCUUCAUUAAUACGGAACAGUGCUACGGGAACACUUCUUAAUUUGGGAAUUGUGGAAUCCACUGUGCCUCCAUGUUUGGCUUAUACAUACAUGCCAGGCGUCUUGAACUGCCCCUUCCUGAAAACAGUUGUUUGAAAAAUAAUUGUAGAAUGUUCACUGGUCUAUUAGAAUAAAUCUUUAACUCUUGCUUGCAGAGCAUCCUAGCCUUUAUUUUUUGACACAAAUAUAACAUUGUAAGUUGGCUUCUUUACAUUAUUUACAAUAUCUGGUUUUCAAUUUUGAGCCAAACAUUUCUUACUAACUUUUAAUGUUUAAAAGUAAAAUUUUAGAAUUUUUUGUAUAUGCAGCUUAUAAACUGAGGUUAAUAACUGAUGAUAUUCUUAACAUUUUAAGGUAACUUAAUAUUUUAUAUUUUAUUGAUCAGGAUCCAAAGAACCCUGAAAGCCCAUGAGGGCUUUAGGCUUAUAUUUCUUUAAUGACACUCCCUUUUUACUAAGUGGCAAACUGCUUUUAAAACUGUAGAAUGUUUAAAAACCAGCUUGUGACAUUGUAUGGAAGUUAGGUAUUCAAAGCAAAAAUCUGUUCAACUAGCUUAGCACAUUCUGCUUCUGUUAGCUCAAAGCAGCUUUUUGGAUCCUGACCAACCACUUAUUAAAUGCUGUGAAGGAAAUAAAAAUUACUUUCACUUCCAAUACAAAUUACACGGAAGAGUAGAUUUCCAUUUGAUUCUUAUAUUUUUAUUCACAAAAAAAUUAAAAUCCUUCAUGUUGUUUCAGGUCAAGAAGCUCUUCCAGCUCAAGGUCAAGAUCUCAUUCCACUUCCAGAGAACGUUCUAGAUCUCGUGGGUCGAAAUCAAGGUGAAUGAGGUAGCAACCUCUCUGCUUGUCAGAGAGAGAGAGAGAGAGAGAGAGAGAGGCGAAAAGAUCACCAGAAAUUACUGUUUUAUUUUGAAUAUUUUGUUCUCACAUAUAAUUUUUGUUCAAUGCAAUAACAAUAGUAAUGAACUUGUUAUAAAAAUUGUUGUAUCAUAAAUAUACUUCACUGAUGUAAAAGGCUUUAAAAACGUACCAGUCCUCUUUUCUGAUAAAUCUCAAUCAACAGAGCCCAAUUUCUCUCUUUCAUAGACAGCACAAAGAGAGAGGGGUCUCUGUAGUUAUGGACCUCACAAAACUUGCCCAAAGCAGAGUGGGAAAUCCAGUUGGGAAUAUUGAAUAUGUGCACUGGUCUCCCUCAGACUGCCCUGAUAUUUUGUGUGUGUCCAUAAGCACUAGGGGGAAAGAUAAAGGGUUGUACCCUAUGACACAGGAAAAGCAUUGGCUUAUGCUAUACAGAAUGUAGUAGCCAAAUUGUUCACAGGAGCAAAUGUUAGUCCUUUACUGUGAGAGCUGCAACGGUUGGCUAUUUACUACCAGACAGGUUUAAGGUUUUUGUGUUCAUUCACAACUUGAGUUCAAAGUACUUUAAAGACCACCUAAUUCCUUCUGCUCCACCUUGAUCACUGAAAUAGUCUGAUGGGGCACUUUUGGUGGUUCCCCACGCCCCUGAGGUUCAAUUGACCUUUACCAGGAACUGAACCUUGAAUGUGAUAGCCCGUGUAUCCUGUGGAGUUCUCGCCAUAUAAAAGUCCAUCAGGAGUAAUCCCUGCUUUCUUUCAGACCCUUGUAACAGCCUUCUACCAAUCCUUUCUUACUGAUACUUCUACUGUUGAGUACUGUGCUUUAUGUUGUAUACUACCUUAUUACAUUUUCUGUGAAGCUACGGUUUAUAAAGUAAAUGAAAUACAAUGUGUGAGAGCCAAUGCAGUGUGCAGUCGCAUGUGCCUAUGCAAUGCGACUUCUGUAUGUAUAUAAGAUUAUUGUGGCCGUACAGUCUUCCUAAUGCCUAUACUUGUUUUCAAAGGUCUGUGAAAUGCAUACAGUUAUGUAAAAUGUCUAAACUAAUGCCUCAGCCUUUUUCUUAAUGUAGGGAAUGUGAAAAUGUUCAUUUCUCACUUUAGACUUAAAUUGUUUGCUGUUGCUGAGAAGCAACAAUUGCAUAAAGCUGAAUAAUUGCUUCUGCAUUGGUCUUGAUCAUUAUAUGAUCAGUUCUGGUCAGUCUAUGAGUAAUUUGCCCACAAUCCCAUAUUGAGAAGCUCUUAAGGCAGAAUUCUUAUUGGCACAGCAGUAAGUAUUUAUGUCCUAAUAUAAUUUCAUUUUACAUUUGCAGUGUGUGUUCUAGAUUGGAUAUAUAUGUAGUAGAUUGUUGCAACCUCGUUAUUUAUGCUAGGAUUAAGUCUGAUUUAUUUCUUAAUAAAGAUCCAGCUCCAGAUCCGUCAGGGGUUCUUCAACCCCAAGAAAAAGAUCUUACUCAAGCUCUCGCUCAUCAUCUUCCCCUGAGAGAAGCAGAAAGAGAAGCCGAUCUAGAUCUUCAUCUGGUGAUCGCAAAAAAAGGCGAACGAAAUCACUGUCACCUGAAAGGUUUGGGUUUCUGUAGAAUAAGAAUGGUUCUUUAAAUGUUAACUGUGGAAGGGCUAGAAAAGGAACAGUAUGUUUAAGUAUUGUGUGUUUGAAGAUAGCUGUUUUCAUUUUUGUAGAUUCCAUUUAUCCCAGCUGAUGCCAUUUCUUUUAAAAGAUGGUCAAACUUUUUAGUUAAAUUUUUUCAUAUAUCUACUUCUCACAAAUAGAUCAGAAAAAAAUGUUUUUAAAGUCCUAAAGCACUCUUAGUUUUUUUUCUAGAUUACAAAUGAAGGUAUUAUUACCUAAAAGUUCUAUAUUGAUGCAAACUGUGGAAUGCGGUUAUGAUACAGAGAUGAAGUCCAAAUAAUUGCAUUCCCAGUUCAUAUAUUCCCCGUUUUCUUUCUCCCUCCCAAUUCCCCCUCCCCAAUGAAAAUCACUGCAAUUCAAACUUACUUGUUUGCAUGCUUUCUUCCAUCUUUUAUCUUGCAGACACCGAAGGUCAUCAUCUGGAUCUUCUCAUUCUGGAUCCCGUACAAGUUCUAAAAAGAAAUAAUAUAUUAAAACUCAAACACACACGAAAAUAGUCCACUGCAUGAGACAUUUUUAAGAAGUUGGUGUCUUACUUGGUCAGAAGUGCUAAAUCCUGCUAGUAGAGGUGCAUGUUUAAUGGAAAACUGCAGCUAUUUUAAUUCAUGAAACAAAAUGUAAUGAAAUAUUUUAAGCCAUAAAUUGCCUCCAGAAAGGUGAGUAGCAUGACUUUUUUUUUCUAAGUGCCUGCCCUUUCUUGAUUUGACUGGUUGGUUACUUCCCAGUUCUAAGACUCUAAUUUUGUUGAAGAACUUUCUAUGUUAUGCUGCCAUCCUGAUUUGUCAUAUAGCCUUCAUGUUUGCUAGUCACAAAACUACCAAGGGGACAGUUCAUUUGAUGUUAAUAUGCACUCUGGUUUCUAAACUGGUCCAGGCCACUCCUUCCCCACCGCCAGCCAUUCCUGCAAGGAUCACAAAAGCUACUGUAGUAUAUCUUCAGAUGCAAAGCAAGAGAUACUUCAGAGAGAGAACUGCCUUCCAUAAGGAAGUGUUGUGCUUUCUAAGUGAAAGUAACUCAAACUAGAAAACAAUUAUUCCUUCAGUAGACAGGAUCAAAGUAGACAUGUAAGCUACCUUGUGCUGCUUCUUGGAUAGUCAGCCAGAAACAAAACUUGGUUACAGUUUUGUCCUGAAGCUGCGUCUGUGAGUACUUUCUGGUGGCAUGUAACUUCCUAAGUUUUUGGCAGCCACAUCCUGGCUAAUCAAUAGCUCUGUUUUUGCUGCAGCACAAAAUAUAUGCACAGCAUCUAAAGGAAUGUGUAAUUUUCCUUCCUACCGGAGCUUUUCAGGCAUCUCUCUCUGUGUCCCUUCCCCAAAAAGCUGUUCCUGAAGUACUCUCUUGAGUCAUUCAAUUUUAGUACCAGAACUGGACGCUGGUGUGCCAUCUCCCCCACCACCCUCAGUCACAUGCAUGGAAUCUUUGGUUCAUGCUAGAAAUUGAGCCGCUAGUGUAUAUUAAGAUACAAUUAAGUACAGGCAAUGGCCUUUUUGCGCACAAAGUACAAACGUGUAGGUGUACAUCGCUGCAACCAGGAAGUGGCCAGGAAAGGGUGUGGGGCAGGGCCGUAACGGGCUUACACACACUCCGCUGAUGCAGGCAGGGGUCAGGAACUCAGUCCCCAUGCAAAACAGUUGUGCCCUGUACUAAGAUCCAAAGCGCUCAGAUUUUGUGAAAUGUUUUCCAAAUGUGUAGAAAUGUAAUAACAAAAUCAGUUUCUUCUAAGUCAGUAAAAUUCAAUUUACACUAGAAAACUAUAUAUUUAUAACUCUCCCAGAAAACACUGUGACUCUUCUAAAGUAUAAAUGCUUACUUAAACAAAUCUCAAAUCAUUGCAUAUCUUUUUGGAUGACUGUAAAUUUAUGGCUUAAAAUGCUUCAUUAAAUUUGUUUUACUAGCAAAUAUUUGUUAAAUACUGACCAUUCUUAAGCUCCGUUUGCUUGGGAGAAAUGUGUCUUCAGUGAGAUCCCAAGGUAAGUAUGUUAAGGAAGCUUAGUGGUUCUAGGAAAGAAGCUGUAUAUCUUACUUGUAUAUUGGAUCAUCUGCAUUUUAAAGCAAACUGCACAACAACAAAUGGAGCAGAACUUGUCUUUAUUUUAUUUUAUUUUUAUUUUAUGAACAUCUUAAAUUUUUUGGACUGAUCAAAGACAAAGUAAAAUGGUUUUGCUGUAGAAAUAUUUUGGAUAAAUUUUGCAGGAAAAAAAUGCCCUGUAAUCCUGUGUUGCUUUCUCUUAGGUAUCUUUUCUUUUUCUUUUCUCUCUUCCUUUUUGCUAAGCAUAGCUUAGGUUGCACAAGAACAAAUAGUCUUUGUAACUGUGCCUCUGACUUCUUGAAAGUCUGUCUAAAAGUGUGAAAAUCAGAUUUGCUAGAUGCUACAUGUUAAUUUAGUUAUUCUUGUGCUUUGUAUUCUGAAGUAUUGUACCUAACAAGUUCUUAAACUCAGCAAAUUAUAGGUUAGAGAUGACUGGGAAAAUUAUGGGUUUCAUUUGGCUUGGAUUAAAAUGUACUGGUUUGUUCUAUGACGAUAUAAUUCUGUAGACAUAUGUAAAUAAAGCAUGUCAAUCAAAGAUGAA